AUGUCACCUUAUGAGGCGUUGAAACUUCUAGGCCCUGGGAUUGUACAGGCGACAGUGGACAAGGUCAAUAUUAUACGGGCCAAGUUGAAAGCAACACAAGACAGGCAAAAGAGCUAUGUGGAUGUGCGUAGGAAGGAUCUCAAGUUUGAGGUUAGCGAUCGAGUAUUCUUAAGGCUCUCUCCUUGGAAAGGUGUAGUACGUUUUGCAAAACGAGGGAAGUUAACUCCUCGCUACAUUGGACCGUAUGAGAUAGUAGAGAGGAUAGGUCUAGUGGCUUACAGGAUUGACUUAUCGGAGGAGCUUUCUCGAGUCCAUGAUGUUUUUCACAUCUCCAUGCUCUGCAAGUAUAUCUCAGACCCAUCAUAUGUGUUAAAGACACCGGAGAUUGAAUUUAGGGAUGACUUGUCUUAUAAGGAGUAG